AGUAGCUUCUUCCUCACUUUUUCUUCUCCGUUUCUCCUUCUCCCGAGGAAGCGACUCGGUCUCGUUUUCAUUGCGAAGAAGAAGAAGAAGAAAUUGAGACUCUGAUUUUCAUCAUUCUAUUCUUUAUCAGAUUCAUAUUCCACACUCAAAUUCUUAAUUAGGAGAUUUUCUCGAUGGAAUUACAUUCUUCCUUAUCGUCGCCGGAAAGUUGUUCCGUGAAAGUGGCGGUUAACGUUCGUCCUUUGAUCGGAGACGAGAUUUCUCAGGGUUGCAGGGAAUGCGUUUCCGUUUCUCCGGUAACGCCUCAGGUGCAAAUGGGAACACAUUCCUUCACGUUUGAUCACGUUUAUGGAAGUAAUGGUUCACCAUCUUCAUUGAUGUUUGAAGAAUGUGUUGCUCCUCUUGUUGAUGGUUUGUUCCAUGGUUACAAUGCUACUGUGCUGGCUUAUGGUCAGACAGGAUCUGGAAAAACAUACACCAUGGGGGCUGCUUCUAAAGAUGGUACAAGCAAUGGGUUGAUUCCUAAAGUUAUGAGUGCUCUGUUCGACAAAAUUGAUUCAGUAAAGCACCAAAUGGGGUUUCAGUUACAUGUCUCUUUCAUCGAGAUUCUAAAAGAAGAAGUUCUAGAUUUGCUGGAUAGUGUGCCUUUUAACAGACUAGCCAAUGGAACCCCUGGAAAAGUUGUUCUUAGUAAGUCGCCUGUACAGAUUCGAGAGUCGCCAAACGGAGUAAUUACACUAUCCGGUGCAACUGAAGUUCCCAUAGCUAGUAAAGAAGAAAUGGCUUCGUGUCUAGAGCAAGGAUCUCUAACCAGGGCAACUGGGAGCACAAAUAUGAAUAAUCAAUCUAGCCGGUCACAUGCCAUCUUCACGAUCACCUUAGAACAGAUGCGCAAAAUCUCUUCGAUCUCAGCGGUUACAGACACCAUGGAUGAGGAUAUGGGUGAGGAGUAUUGUUGUGCCAAGCUUCAUCUUGUAGAUCUUGCUGGAUCUGAAAGAGCUAAACGGACAGGUUCAGGUGGCGUUCGACUAAAAGAAGGAAUUCACAUUAAUAGGGGACUUCUUGCACUUGGUAAUGUUAUCAGUGCACUUGGGGACGAGAAAAAGCGAAAAGAAGGUGCUCAUGUUCCAUACCGUGAUAGUAAACUUACUCGGUUAUUGCAGGAUUCUCUUGGUGGAAAUAGUAAAACAGUCAUGAUAGCUUGCAUCAGUCCUGCUGACAUCAAUGCUGAAGAAACUCUUAACACGCUCAAAUAUGCAAAUCGUGCUCGGAAUAUCCAGAAUAAGCCUGUUGCCAAUAAAGACUUAAUAUGUAGUGAGAUGCAAAAGAUGCGGCAACAGUUACAAUAUCUACAAGCUGCACUGUGUGCUCGUGAGGCAACCGCAUCAGAGGAAGUGCAGGUUAUGCGAGAGAAAAUCAUGAAGCUAGAGACUGCCAAUGAGGAGCUUUCUCGAGAACUUCACAUGUAUCGCAGCAAGAGAGCUACUCUUGACUAUUGCAAUAUUAAUACACAGGAAGAUGGUGUAAGUCUUACAAAAGAUGAUGGUCUCAAAAGGGGAUUCGAAAGUAUGGAUUCAGAUUAUGAAAUGAGUGAAGCAACAUUAGGUGGAAUUUCUGAAGAUAUUGAUGGAGCAGCAAAAGAGUGGGAACAUGCACUUAGGCAGAAUAACAUGGGAAACGAAUUAAGUGAACUAAGUAAACGUCUGGAGGAGAAAGAGUCCGAGAUGCAAAUAUAUGGGGUGGGAACUGAAACUAUCAGACAACACUUUGAGAAGAAAAUGAUGGAACUUGAGAAAGAGAAAAGAACUGUGCAGGUUGAGAGAGAUAUAUUGUUGGCUGAAGUAGAGGAGCUUGCUGCUAGUUCUGAUAGACAAGCACAAGUUGCAAGAGAUACCCAUGCACAAAAAUUAAAAGCACUCGAGACACAGAUUUCAAAUCUCAAGAAGAAACAAGAAAAUCAAGUUGAGGCCUUAAAACAAAAGCAAAAGAGUGAAGAUGCAGCAAAGCGUUUACAAGCUGAAAUACAAUGCAUUAAGGCUCAGAAGGUUCAACUACAACAGAAGAUGAAACAAGAAGCUGAACAAUUCCGGCAAUGGAAAGCCUCUCAGGAGAAGGAAUUGUUGCAGCUCAAGAAAGAAGGAAGGAAGACUGAGCAUGAAAGACUCAAACUCGAAGCUCUCAAUCAACGUCAAAAGAUGGUUCUUCAUAGAAAAACAGAGGAAGCAGCAAUGGCUACCAAAAGACUUAAAGAGCUGUUAGAAGCCCGCAAGUCUACACCACGUGAUAUGUCAGUGACUGCCAAUGGUCAACCACCAACUAAACAGGUGAACGAAAAAACUCUUAAGAAAUGGCUUGAUCACGAGAUAAAGGUUAUGACAAAAGUACAUCAAGUUCGUUUCCAAUAUGAAAAGCAAAUUCAAGUACGAGCUGCAUUGGCUGAAGAGUUAACUUCCUUGAAAAGAGAGAUGGACUUCGCCUCAAGUCCCCAUCAAGAGAAAGACGGACAGUUCAGAUUUUUUUCACCAAACACAAGGUUGGAGAGAAUAGCUUCUCUUGAGAGCAUGUUAGAUGUUUCCUCAAAUGCUCUCACAGCCAUGGCCUCUCAGCUCUCAGUAGCAGAGGAAAGAGAGCAAAGCCUACAUGCUAAGACUCGGUGGAACCACGUUCAGUCCAUGACUGAUGCCAAGUUUUUGCUUCAAUAUGUGUUCAAUUCCUCCGCUGAAGCAAGGUGCAAAAACUGGGAGAAAGACUUAGACAUCAAAGAGAAGAAAGAACAACUCAAUGACCUCCUUUGCUUAUUACAACUAUCCGAAGUCCAGAAUCGAGAGAUCCUUAAAGAGAAAAAGACAAGGGAGCAAACAUUGUCCAUUGCGCUAGCUUCAUCAUCAUCAUCCUCGGUAACUUCAAGAAGCUCAUCAAAGCACUAUGGAUAUAAUAACGCUAGCGAUGCAUCGUCUCCAUCUUCAUAUCAUCGAGCAGCAAAGCAUCUCAAAUACGCUGCACCUGGAAUAGUCAACGUCUCGGUGAGAGAGUCAGCGGCUUUGCUAGAAGAGAAGAGAAAGAUGAAAGCAAUGAAGAAAAUGGGACAGAGUGGGAAGCUGUGGAAGUGGAAGAGAAGUCACCAUCAAUGGCUGCUUCAAUUUAAAUGGAAAUGGCAGAAACCAUGGAAACUCUCUGAUUGGAUAAAGCAUAACGAUGAGACCACUAUGCUCUUCAUGUCUAAGACUCAUGAUGAUGAUGACGAUCACUCGUGGAAUCGACACUAAGAUUUUUCAAGUUGCUUUAAGCUGUACUUAGGUUGAUUCACAAUACAUCUGUAUAUAUACGAGUUUUUUUUUUUUUGUUAAUAGAUUUAUAGUUUUUCCGUUGGGUCAACAGCCUAAGAACAGUUGUAAUACUUUUUUCAACAGA